AUGAGUUGGAAUCGGGUCAUUCAGGACUCUGAUGAAGAGGAACCUCUGGUUGAGGAUGACUGCCCGGUUUCUCCUGGUCCUCUUCCGGGCCCCGAAUACCCAAUUGUCCAACAUUACGACUAUGCCGCGGCGCAAGAAACCUACCCGACUGAGCACACGGCCACCGAAAGCUUCCCAGGACCCCAAUUAAAUGUCAACUUCGAUCAGUUCCUGCAAUCACAAGGAACACACGGAGAAUCCACUUCUUCUCAACAGCAGCGUGAGGAAAGAUGGAUCCCUUCAGCCAACGAAGGUGGGGGUGGAUCAAUUCGCGCAAUGAUGACAGAGAUUGGAAUUGCACAAGAACGAUUAUUCGAAGAUCAAUCCAGUGCUGCCCAGGAUCUUCCUUCCACCGCGACCCAUUAUCCUAGCGAAAUCUCCCAACCAGGAUCAUUCCCGGCCCUGCAGCCAUAUCAGCAUCAGCAGAUGAAUACAAUGGCACACGAUCGAUUCGCGUAUAACGAAAUGCCUCAAAAUGCUCCGUAUGAGGCGACGCAGCUUCUUGCACCGGGCGUUGCGCCCGCUUACGAUUAUAGCGCACCAGCUGCAUCAACUCAUUUCGAUUCACCAUCGCACGGAUUCACAGGUUCCUCGUCGAUCCAUACUGUUGGAAAUUUACCUGGGGUCUCAUCGAAUAAGACCUUACAGGUCCCUCAGCCAAUGCAAUUGAUGGCGUGCUCGCCACAUGAUACUGAACCAUUGUCAUCUAUGGCAUCGCCAGGGUUGAACCAGACCAAUGAUGACAGUACGAGGUCUGGUCUUGUCUCUCUGCAAAAUUCCCCGGCAAGCACGUAUGAUGAGCUUGCUUUGCCAGCUGUAUAUGUGCAAGUCUCCUCGGCCGUGAAAUGUGCUCGCCAAACGAAACAGCUUCUUCCUGAGGAUGAUGACGAUGAUGAACUCGCCAUUGGAGAUCUUGGGCCCAGUCCGAGUAAGCCAACUCAAAGGAAAUCGCCAGGACGUUCUCCUCAGCCUGACCCUACGGAAAUUUCCAACGAAUGUAUCCCGGAAAAUGGCAUUACAUCUGGAGAUGUCGCACCUGGGGCUGAUGGCCAAACAGCUGUUGGUGAGCUUAGCUCCGCUACCGGCAAGAUAAACAACCCAAAUAUGUUUGAUAAUACCGGCGACUUGGCUACCAAAGAACCGAAAAAGAAAAAGACCAAGCGGACAAAGGCAGCGGUGGCGGCAAAGCAAAAGUCCCGGGUACCAGAUACUGAUGACGAUGACGAUGUAAUUUGUGUGGACUGCCGGCCUCUUGAGACUGAGACGCAAGAACAAAGCGAAACAGUCCCAAAUUCAGCCAUCGCAGACUCUGAUAAAUUUGGAGCACCACAACCAGAUCCGACCGCCUCUACCGAGGGAAGCUCCAACACUGCAAAAUCCGGUGACAAGCCCGCCCCCAAGAAACGCGGUCGCAAACGGAAGAAGCCAUCAGAGGAAACCCCAGAAGCUGCCCCAGUACAAGCUCUUGAGCAGGCUCCCGCGUCAGAAAGCGGAGUGUCGAAUUCCAAUCUGACUUUAGCUGAUGAAGUCUCUGAUUCAAAGGAUGAAACGAAGCCAGUUGAAGCAGAUGACUUGGAUCAACCCCAAGCAGACCAUCAAGUGCCCCAGAACAACGGCCCACACGAGGCACUUCCACAAACUCCUCAAAAACCGGAUCAUAUCCCAAGCACCCCAAUCACUGGCAACAGCACGAACACUAGGAAAGGACCACCGAAGCAUAGUCCCAUCUCAUCGACUAGCAAUGUUCCAUUACGCGUUGGUCUAAGCAAGCGGGCUCGGAUCGCACCAUUACUCAAGAUUGUGCGCAAAUCGUGA